AUUGAACGUCACUCACCGGAGCUCUGUGAUUGGUCAGCUGGCAACUGUCAAACUCCUCCCCCUAGUUGCCACUGCCACCGCAUCUCAGCGGAGUCAGCAGCCAGCCAUCCAGCGGCAAGUUUUUGGGCAAGCUAUUAAACUAAGGCUCAGGAAAAGCCCGAAAAUGAGUCAGUGGAAGGAACGCUUCGUGACUCUGCUCCAUGAGAAAAACUUUAUGACAGAUCAGUUGGCGACGCUGGAACAAAAAUCGGGAGUAAAGAGAGAGUAUAUCGCCUUGGGUGUUCUGAGUUUGGUCGGGCUGUAUCUUCUGUUUGGAUAUGGAGCCUCACUGCUCUGCAACCUGAUUGGCUUUGCCUAUCCAGCAUAUUUCUCUAUCAAGGCCAUUGAGAGCAGUGCGAAGGAGGAUGAUACACAGUGGCUGACCUACUGGGUUGUUUAUGGACUCUUCAGCAUUGCCGAGGCCUUUUCUGACAUCUUCCUCUUCUGGUUCCCCUUUUACUAUAUUGGCAAGUGUUUGUUCCUGGUAUGGUGCAUGGCUCCGGUGACGUGGAACGGCUCUGCGGUCUUGUACAGCCGUGUGAUCCGGCCAUUUUUCUUGAAGCACCAGGCUACCAUGGACAGUGUGGUCAGCGAUCUGAGCGCCAGGGCUAAGAACAUAACUGAGACCGUGACAAAGGAGGGUGAGAUACCCACAGUGUACAUCUGUUAACCGGGCCCUCAACCAUGACAAGGACCAGUGAGAAACAUGGGAAGGCUUUGUGUGUGUGUGUCUGCGUGGGUGUGUGCAUGUAUGUUUGUUUGGCUGGUUGAAAGAGUGACAGAAUGAGUUUAUGUGUGUGUUGUUUUGCUUUUGGUUUGUUCCACCCCCCCUUCCAUGACAAUUAUAUUGAUCAACCCCCAUGUCAUAUGGUGAACUGAAGCUUUACACUUGUUAAAAUAAGUAAUGGCAUGUUUGUGCGUCAUCAUCAGUUUACUGCCAUCGGUACUGCAAAGACAAUCGGAGAAACUGUGACCUUUUUAUGUGAUCUUCUUUGUUGUAUUGUGAAAGAUAUUAAUUCAUAGCAAAGGUUAUUAUUGUCCAAUUGAGCCAUUUGUGCCAGAGAACGGAAGUUGACAACAUUACGGUUAUAAAAACAGGUUGUCUUCAAAUGUUUUCACAAAUGGCAUUUUCUAACAUUGUUAAUCUUAACUGGAAUUUGUACAUGUCAUUAAUGUGUUCUUGCUGUUAAAUGCCUCACUAUUUAUGUGCCAAGCAGCAUUUAAAGUCUGUUUGAGCUAUUGGAAGGUUAUCUGUCUUUCUCUGUACGUCUUCUGCCUUUUUGAUAUGUCUUAAUGUAUCUUCUCACAAUGAUGACCUAAUAAAACUGGAACCUUAAUCAA